UGUUAACAACUACUACAAUUUUAAAAAUGUCUGACGUUGAGACCGAUGAUGUGCCCUCGGCAGUUGGUGGCCCUAUGGAUGUGAACACAGCACUCCAAGAAGUCCUUAAAACAGCCCUCAUCCACGAUGGAGUUGUACGAGGCCUUCAUGAGACCACAAAAGUAUUAGACAAGCGACAGGCUGUUCUUUGCAUUCUUGCUGAGAACUGUGAAGAAGCUGACUACAAAAAAGUGAUCUCAGCUUUGUGCAAUGAACAUCAAAUACCUCUUAUCAAAGUAGACAAUAACAAAAAGCUUGGCGAAUGGGCUGGCUUAUGCAAGGUUGAUAAAGACGGUAAAGCUAGGAAAGUUGUUGGAUGCUCCUGCGUAGUCAUUAAGGACUUUGGUGAAGAUACUCCAGCUAAAGAUGUUCUUAUGGACUACCUUAAACAAAGUGCUGUUCAUUAAGUUUAAAACUUUUUUUAGGACUUCUGUGAAGAUACUCCAGCUAAAGAUGUUCUUAUGGACUACCUUAAGCACAGUGCUGUUCAUUAAGUUAAGUUUAAUAAAAAAACUAUAAACAAAAA